AUGGAGGCAAACAAGACUCUGGUGACCCAGUUUGUUCUCACGGGACUUACAGAGUGUCCAGGGCUGCAGGUCCCCCUGUUCCUGGUGUUCCUGGUCACCUACCUCACCACCAUGGUGGGCAAUCUUGGACUGGUGGCUCUCAUCUGGAAGGACCCACGUCUGCACAGCCCCAUGUACUUAUUCCUUGGCAGCUUAGCCUUUGCAGAUGCUUGUUCUUCAUCCUCAGUGACCCCCAAGAUGCUGAUGAAUUUUUUAUCUAAGAAUCACCUGAUAUCCCUAGCUGAGUGUAUCACUCAAUUUUACACUUUUGCUUCUAGUGCAAACACGGAAUGUCUCCUCCUGGUGGCAAUGGCCUAUGACCGCUACGUGGCCAUAUGCAACCCUUUGCUUUACCCAGUGGUGAUGUCCAAUAUCUUCUGCAUCCAAUUAUUAGGUGUUUCCUAUAUUAUUGGGUUUCUUCAUCCCAUGAUGCAUGUGGGUUUCUUGCUUAGAUUAACUUUCUGCAAGUCCAAUGUAAUACAUUAUUUCUACUGUGAAAUUUUACAACUAUUUAAGAUUUCCUGUACUGACCCUAUAGUUAAUAUGUUCCUGAUUUUUAUAUUUUCAGUCUUUAUACAAUCUUUUACUUUUAUGACCAUCAUAAUAUCUUAUAUCCGAGUCCUCUUUGCCAUCCUGAAAAAGAAGUCUGAAAAGGGCAGGAGCAAAGCCUUCUCCACGUGCAGUGCCCACCUGCUCUCUGUCUCUUUGUUCUACGGCACUCUCUUCUUCAUGUAUGUGCGUCCUGGAUCUGGACCAGCUGACGAUCAGGAUAAAAUGUAUUCUUUAUUUUACACAAUCAUAAUUCCCCUGCUAAAUCCUUUUAUUUACAGUCUGAGGAACAAAGAGAUUAUAGGUGCCUUGAGGAGAAUAAUAAACAAAUAA